AUGAAAAUUGAACUAAGACAUUUAGGAAUAAAAUUUAAUUAUGCAAAUUUAAAUCAAAAUGAUGAACUGUUAAAUUCUUACACUGGUUUACCUUCAAACUCAGUGUUUCAAGCGCUUUAUAAUUUAGUAAAACCAUUGAAUAUUGAAUAUCAUUUAAUGUGGUCUGUGGAAAGCAUCAAUAAAGAAGAUCAAAUAUUCAUAACCUUAAUGAAGUGGAGGCAUAAUUUUCCACAUUUUGAUCUAGCAGUCAGAUUUAACUCUAGUAGUGCUACUACCACAAAUAUUGUUAUAACCAAUUAUAAACACAGGAAUACUUGGAAAGCUUUGAUUGGAAUCGCUCCAAACGGUGUAGUUACAUUUGUGAGUAAAUUAUUCCCUGGGUCAACUUCUGAUAAAGUGAUAACUUUAAAAAGUGGACUUUUGGAACAGCUAGUUCCAGGUGAUCUAAUUCUAGCAGAUAAAGGGUUUCUAAUUAGAGAUAUAUUACCACCAGGAGUAUCAUUGAAUAUCCCUCCAUUUUUAGACACUCCACAAUUUACUCCUGAUCAAGUAGUACAGACUGAAACAAUAGCAAAAGCUAGGAUACAUAUUGAAAGAGCAAUUCAAAGAAUUAAAUGCUACUCAAUACUAGAUGUUAUUCCUUUUUCGAUGCUUAAACAAGCAGAAAGUAUUUUUCAAGUGGUUGCGGCGUUAACAAAUUUGCAGCCUCCACUUAUUAAAGAAAUUCAAACCCACAUGUGA